AUGGUGGCACCAACAGCUUUGAAGAAGAAAGAUACCGUGAGCGAGAAUGCUGGUGGUGACGGUGCUAGCAGGAUCAUAGGAGUGGACAACACUCGGGAAAUCGAUGAGGACGAUGAUGAUGUGAUGGUUGGACAGGAAGAGGAGGCUGUCGCGGAUGAAUCGACCACAGAGCAAGAUAAGGAACAGCAAAUCCGCGAGUCAAAAGCAGUCGUACUGGAUGAACAAGGGAAACCGCGGUUUGGUUCUGCAAACCUAGCCAAGAACGCUAAGGUUAAGCUGGAGAGUCGUAAAGUUGCAGUCCCACCUCACAGAAUGACCCCAUUGAGGAAUAACUGGACUAAGAUAUAUCCUCCUCUCGUCGAACAUUUAAAGCUGCAGGUUAGAAUGAACUUGAAGACAAAGUCAGUGGAGUUGAGAACAAACCCUAAACAUACAACAGAUCCAGGAGCUCUGCAGAAGGGUGCGGACUUCAUCAAGGCCUUUACCCUGGGGUUCGACCUCGACGAUUCUAUUGCGCUGCUUAGAUUGGACGAUUUGUACAUUGAAACCUUUGAGAUCAAGGACGUAAAGACCCUGAAUGGGGACCAUCUUUCAAGGGCCAUUGGUCGUAUUGCGGGCAAGGACGGUAAGACAAAGUUUGCCAUCGAGAAUGCCACAAGAACCAGAAUCGUGCUGGCUGACGCUAAGAUCCACAUCCUUGGUGGUUUCACGCACAUCAGGAUGGCACGGGAAGCAGUCGUGAGCCUGAUCCUGGGUUCUCCUCCAGGGAAGGUUUACGGUAACCUACGUACUGUUGCUUCAAGACUGAAGGAGCGCUAUUGA